GUACUGCCCAAAUAGAAAGAAAACCAAUGCAAAUACAAGACAAUAAGUGAACUGAGAACCGCUGAACGCUAAGGAAAAAACAAAAACCCAAAGAAAUAAAAUAAACGUUGCACCCACCACCGCCUCACGCUCACCGCUCGCCCGCUAGUUUAAAGCUAAUGCCACCGCCCACCACCACUAGAACUACUACUUCCACCACAACCACUAGUACCACCACCACCAAGAACCACAACCACCAACUACCAGCCUCGAUCUGAACCACUUCGCAAUCAAAUAACAAGAAAAGAGUUAAAUGUAAAAGAAAGAAAGGCAGAGUCCAGAUUCCGAGUCCACUUGUCCAAAAUGUCGUCAAAUGUUGAAAAAUGUGAGCUCCACCAAAAAAAUGCAUUACUAGAUGUGUUCGUUCCCGUAAUAUGUGCAUUUAGCAUCCCUCUAGAACCUCUAGCGUAGCUCUAUCUAUUUCCUCGAUAAAAAAUCAAAAGACGUAGCGCCCAUUCUCUAUUAAAAAAAUAAAAAUAACUUAAUAACUUACUAAGCAACCAUAGAAUCAUUACCCGAUUUGUCUUGCCAUUUUUACCACUUUAGAUCUAGACUGUUGACAACUAUUAAAAAUAAACCACACUCAUUUUUGUUUUAUACUAGCAAAUAAGAACUAUAACUAUACUUUAUAUCGGUCUGCCUCUCUCUUUCUCACUCUAUCUCUGUCUCUGUCUGUCGCUCCAUCUCUGUCUGUCUUUCUUGUUCUGUCUAGUUAACAUGCCUUGAAUCGAACUUUUAUCCACUCUGUUAACUUCUCCUGCCUAAGAAAACAAACUUUCCCACUCGAGUCCUUGAAAUUUGGGAAGACCGACUGAGAAUAACAUCUGAAAAAGUGAAGUUCUCAAGAUGGUUCCUGUGCGUUGGCACUCGUUAAAACUUCCACUGAUUGGCUGGAGUCCCGAUUGUAAAUAGAAGCCCCAUUUCUACCAAAUCCUUGAGUUUCUAUUAGAUGUUCAACCAUUGCCUGCUUCUUAACCAACCUGCAUGCUCGAGAAAUCAUCAAAUAACUAAAGAUUAUCGAUUUAUAAUUUGAGAAUGUUGAACACACACAGACACACACACAUAAUGAUUGGGUCGAUCGGUGGAUCAAAAUUACACAUUCUAUUGUACGUUAUCCCCGUAAAGUUACAUAAUAUCCGUUCCAUUCCGUUUCGUUUCGUUUCUCGUUCCUCGUAGUUCCCAAGUUCGUUUGAUGCGUUCGUUCCAUCGUUCCUUCGUUGUGUUUGCCAAGUUAAAUUUUGUUGUACUCGAAUUCCCAACUGGCCAACUAAACCAGAGUUGGAAUUCGCAAUUGGCAGCCAGAAGCCAAAACUGAACAGAAAACCAAACAGCAGCUACCAGAAACAAACAACAAUAUAAAUUAAACCUUAACCCAAUCUAAAUAUAUAUAUAUUUAUAUAUAUAUAUAUUCUUCCAAACCUAAAGUGUGUCUAAUCACCAAUUCUUAACGUCAAAUUCUCUUUAAACUAAAUAAUCCACACACGAAUCACACAAACCAAAAACCGAAAUCAAAACCAAAUAAUCGAAUCGAAAUCGAAAUCGCAGACCCAGGCAAAAUUCGCAUUGACCACCAAGCAUAUGAGCUUGUGGCUAAAGGUGUCUCCGGCAUCGACUACUUUCAUGUUGUAACUCGAGGACUUUCGUUUAUUGGCAACAAUAAUGGUCAGCACAACAUUGACAACACUGGCUGCUGGACAAACAACUAGUAGCAGUAAUCACCAUCACCACCACCAUCACAGCCACCAGCAGCAGCAGCAGCAGCAGCAGCAGGACCAGUCGCAGCAGCAGCCGCAUCAGCAGUUGCCCUACCAGCAACGCGGCUACUACGCACUGAACGGCAGCUUGGAGCUAGAUUGCGACACCAGCAACACGAACAGCAGCAGCAGCAGCAACAACAUUGGCUACCAGCAACACCAGCAGCAGCAGCAGCAGCAACAGCAACCGCCGUUGAUCCUGUCGCAGGCUCUGCUGUCGCCAUCUCCGCCGCUUAACGAUCAGAUCAGCUUGCUAUUCCCCAAGUGCCGACCCAAACAGCAGCAACAGCAACAGCAGCAACAGCAGCAACAGCAGCAACAGCAACAGCAGCAACUUCAACCAGCACAACAGCACCAGCAACAUGUCCACCCCACAGACGUGAAUUCCAGCUGCAACAGCAACCGGAGUAGCAGCCCUACGACAGCGGGAGCGGUUGGGGAACCGUUGGCCAGCGUCAGUGUUAGUCCGCCGCCGCCCAAGGCCACGCCCACCAGCAGCACGCCCAGCUAUUAUAAGAGCGUGAACAUUAUAACGCAAUCGCCACCGCCACACUCAGCAUCCUCGCACUCCUCCGAAUCGCUGUCCUCGGUGACGCCACGCAUUUCCACGAAUCCCUUUCUGUGUGCACCACUCACGCCGCCCACACCACCGCACCACCACCAUCAUCACCACCACCAACAGCAGCAUCAGCAGAAGCAGCAGCAGCCGAAGCAGCAACACCAGACGCAGCAGCAGGAGCAACAGGAGGAGGACACCACGGGCGAGUCAGUUGUGGAGCACAGCAGGAGCGGAGCGGCUGGCGAGGUGCUCGAGUAUCCCGCCUCGUUCUACUACCAUACGGUGGGCGAUAGUAGGCGUGGGCCCGGCAGCUACACGGAGAUGCCGCGAAAACGCAGCAGUGCGUUGCCCGCCAGCAACAGGCAGCAACAGUUGCACAACGGCAACGGGAGCCAGAAUCCUUUCAUCAAGGAGAACUACUGGGAGGCACCGCCGACAAGAGCCAGUUUGCUGCUCCACUCGCCCACGGAGUAUUCCGAGGAACCACAACAACAGCAGCAAAUCCAACAACAACAACAGCAGCAGCAGCAGCAGCAGCAGCAGCAGCAACAACAGCAGCAGCAACAUUUGCAUGCCUCAGCCAGACGAGCUUACCACCAGCAGCGGGAGCAGGUUUACGGAAUCAAUCAGCGCCCGCAACAACAGCAGCAACAAAAUAUACUGCGGGUGGGUCGGAGUCCAGUCAAUCGCAGCUUUCCACAGCAACAUCAGCAGCAGCAGCAGCAGCAGCAGCAACAACAGCAACAACAGCAGCAGCAACAACAACCACAUCAACAGAUUCCAACUGCCAGGAGCAAUCCCUGUGCCGACGGGUUAACUCCGCUAGCCAGUCACUAUCUAUAUGGCAGCAAGUCAUCCUUGGAUCAGCAUCCCGGCGAUUGGGAGCCGCGGGAGCAGCGCAAACUGAGGCUGCGCGAGGAGCGGGAAAGAGAGCGGGAAAGAGAGCGAGAAAGGGAACGAGAGCGGGAAAGAGAACACCUGUUGCUGGAGCAACAGCAGCAGUUGCAACUGCAGGAAGUGCAGGUGGCCAGGGACAACCACCUCAGCCAUUUGGCGGGUCAGCAGCAGCAGCAGCAACAGCGGAAGCGACACGUUUACGGCGAGGAGCGGGAAAGGGAGAGGGAUCGAGAGCGUGACAUGGAUCGGGAUCAUCGCCUGGUCAAUGGAAAUGCAGAUCCCAACGAAAGCUGGCAGCAGUACGAGGGCUCGCCCAGACGCAUUGGUGUAACUACCACCAGCAAUUUGGGGGCAACUGGAGCGGCGGCGGCAUCAGCAGCAGCGGACGAAAGCGAACCACCAGCAGCGGCAGAAGGUGCAGCUGCAGCAACAGCAACAUCGCAACCACAACAGCAGGUGCCCAUGGCCACUGUACCACCGCUGAGCUCCACGGCUACCUCGCUCCAGAAGACGGCCGCCCGCGCAGCAUUGGCUGCUCUGGCCCAGAGCCAUCCACACAGCUCCCACAAUAUACUCAGCACCCUGCUUCCGCACUCUCCUAAUCCAGUGAAUCCCGGCCAGAUGCACGCGGCGCAGCAGUCCAUCCAGAACUAUCCCGUGCGUCCUGGAUUUCCGCAGCGCAUUAUCUCGCCGCCCAGUCGUGACCCGAGGAGCAGCUCCCCUCCUCUGCAGCAGCAGCAAUAUCAGCAGCAACAACAGCAACAGCUGCAACAUCAGCAGCAGCACUUUGCCAGUCUGAUGAGCAGUCACAGUAACAACAACUCCAAUACCAACAAACAGCCGCUGAGCAGCGACAAUAAUGCGGAGGACACCAGCAACGAUGUGUCCGAGAUUGGCACCAUAUCCGACCUGACCACUCCGGAGGCAGUGGGUCUGUCUAUUGGAAUCGCUGCAGGCGAGAUGGCCAGCCGGGCGAGCACUCCACCGCAAACGGCACAAGCACCACCGACAGCAGUGGCGGGCAGCACUGCCAACGGAACCGGAAGCGGAAACGGAACAGCAACCGGAAAUGCAACAGCAGCGGGCAGCGGAUUGGGUCCCUUGAGCCUGCACACGAAAUCAUCGACCUUCGAUUAUCUCUACGAGUUCUCGGAGACGCGCAAGGUGCUGGAGGAGUUUUUCAAAUGCCCCUCCACCGACGAGCAGCCCAUCAUGGAAAAUGGUAGCGAUGUGGACAGCAUUGACAUCCAGUACGAGUUCCACAGCAACUUUGAGCGCGACGAGGAGGAUUUGGCCGAGGAGGAAGAAGCCGAAGACGACGAGGAGGUCGACGACGAUGCCGACGAGGAAAACGAUGAGGCCGAGGAUGAGGACGAGCCGUUGGAACAGGAUCGUGACCAGAACUACCGCGCACAGGCGCCUCCCCAAUCCGGCCACAUCGAUUCCGAGCGCCUUGUUUACAGUGGUUAUGGACAGCAGCCGCAAUUGCAGGCACAGCUCACCGCUCAGCCGAUGAGCGGGGCGAGACGACACUAUAGCGGCAGUCCGCUAAUGCGGGACUUUGACUUCUUCCUGGACUCGACCAGUCGGAGCAGCGGCGAGCGGGAUGCCGACCAGGAUGGGCUAAAUCACAACCAGCUGCUGAGCACGAGCAGCGGACAUGGCGGAGGCGUGGGCGUGAGCGGUGGAUUAGGCGUGGGACCGGGUGGAGGUCACAAUUACCGCUAUUCGCCGGAAACCACCGACUACGAUUCCAACUGCGGCGAUCUGGACAGUCUCUCAGGGGAGAUGAAUGGCGGGGUGUCGACCUCCUGCUCAAACUACGCAAAGUUCUAUGCCUCGGCCAUGCCGGUCCUGGAGGAUGGCCUCUCCUCCGGUCACACCAGUGACACCGAGAACAACAACAACAACCAGAAGAACCUGCAGCAGUCGACGGUCAACCAGGGUGGCCAGUGCCCAACCAGCUUAAGCGGUAGCACUAGCAUUGGUGGCAGUGGAGGCAUCUCCAUGCUGAUGGACAUGAAGCGCAUCUCGACGAACCACAGCCUCAACAGCAUGAAUAACCAGACCACCACCGCCUCCACGACAACGGAUAGCAAUGGCGGCGUCGGCGGAGUGGGUCACCACCUGGUGGCCACACUGGUGGCCAGUCCCAACAAUGAGCAGGCGAAGUCGCAGUGUCAAACGCAGCUGCAAUCCCAUCCGCCAAAGACAUUGUCACUAGAUCAGAGUCCCAGCAACCACAGUAAAGUGUUCAAGAACAUUGAUCCAGAGUUGGAUUCGCUCUACUCGAUCGGAGUCUUCCACCGUCCAGACACGGUGCAGAUGACGCCACCUCCGCCCGCUCCGGCGCCACAUCGAAAGCCCAACAAUAAUGGCUGCUCCAGUGGCGUUGUGAACACUAAUGGCAGUCUAGCCGGUGGCAGCAACGACGUGGAUUUGCUGCAGCCAAGCAGCAAGCACACUCCAUUGGCGGCGGCCAUUAGUUCCACGCUGCAGCGCAGUUCGCCCACUUCGACGAUAACCGGCAAUGGAAUUGGAAACGGAAGUGGAAAGACCAGAAGCGCCGGCAGCAAUUGCAGCAGCAGCGCCAACGGCGGCAUGCCACCGCCCAUUCCGGAGCGUACCAACCUCGUAUCCGCAGUGCAAAGAUCUCCAUCGCCUGGCCCCAACUCACCCGUAUGGCUAUCGCGCCAUUUGGACGGCGGUGCUGGAAAGGAUCUGCUGGAAUCCGGCUCGGAUAACCACUCAAAGAACCACAGUGCCGACGAGGAGGACGUGGACACCGAUCUGGAGACGGACCGCCUGCUAGGCCACCAGAGGCUGGACGACCAGGGCUACUACGAUGAGAACAAGAGCUGGGAUCGUAAACCGCGCUCGCUGCUCUCGAAGAUCUCGCCCAAGCAGCAGAUACCGAGCACUAAGACGCGCAACGGCUACAAUGCCCUGCUCAGCUCCACGCCGGAGCUACCGCCCCCGAUUCCGCCAAAGGGUCAGUCCGGAUUGGGAUUGGGUCUCACUCUGGGUGCCGGUAAUGGUGGCAAGCUGCUCGACUUGGUUGGCGGCAUGGUCCAGCGCAGUUUAUCGCGGAGUUCGUCGGAGCACAGUGAGAAAUCGCUCAGUAAAAUGCCAAUUUCUGGCGGGGAUCUGUGUGCCGGCGGCGUGGAUGUGGUAGCCUCAACUGUGGCGGCCACCUCGGCAACGGUGGUGGCCAGUACGCCGGCGUUGGGAAGUCCAGGCAACGGGGGUGGCUCGGAGAGAUCAGCUGCAGAAAUGGCCAAUCCGGGUGGAGCCGUUAAGCUGAGCGAGCAGGAGAUUGGAACCAUUAACGGUGGCAGUGUUAUGCCAUUGGGAUCAGGAUCGGGCACUGGAUCUGGAGCAGGAUCGGGAGCCGGAUCUGGAACGGGAACCAAUGCAGCUGUGGUGGCCAAUAGCAACGCCAACAACAACGUCGGCGGCGGCGGCGGCGGCGGAAACAACAGCAGCGGCAGUGGCGCCGGCAGCAACAGCAACAGCGGCGAGAAAAAAGUGAAAAAGAGCGGUGCAGUGCUCAUCGAGGGCGUUCUCUUCAGGGCCAAGUACUUGGGCUCCACGCAGCUGGUCUGCGAAGGUCAGCCCACGAAAUCAACGCGAAUGAUGCAGGCGGAGGAAGCCGUCUCCAGGAUAAAGGCACCCGAUGGCGAUGUGCAGCCCAGCACAGAGGUGGAUCUGUUUAUAUCGACGGAGAAGAUCAUGGUUCUGAACACGGACCUCAAGGAGAUCAUGAUGGAUCACGCCCUGCGCACCAUCUCCUAUAUCGCGGACAUCGGGGAUUUGGUGGUUCUGAUGGCUCGUCGCCGCUUCGUUCCCCAGGACAUCGAUGAUGCACCCAAACCGAAUCGCACGCCCAAGAUGAUCUGUCACGUGUUCGAAAGCGAUGAGGCGCAAUUUAUUGCCCAAUCGAUUGGUCAGGCCUUUCAGGUGGCCUACAUGGAGUUCCUCAAGGCGAAUGGCAUUGAGGAUCAUCGGUUUGUCAAGGAGAUGGACUACCAGGAGGUGCUCAACAGUCAGGAGAUCUUCGGCGACGAACUGGAGAUCUUUGCCAAGAAAGAGUUGCAAAAGGAGGUGGUCGUUCCAAAGGCCAAGGGCGAGAUUCUGGGCGUGGUGAUCGUGGAAAGCGGCUGGGGCUCAAUGCUGCCCACCGUGGUAAUUGCAAAUCUGAUGAGCUCGGGAGCUGCUGCCCGAUGUGGACAGCUCAACAUCGGCGACCAGUUGAUCGCCAUCAAUGGACUGAGCCUCGUGGGUCUGCCGCUCUCCACCUGCCAGACGUACAUCAAGAACACCAAGAACCAGACGGUUGUCAAGUUCACGGUGGUGCCAUGUGCCCCAGUCGUCGAGGUGAAGAUCAAGCGGCCGGAGACCAAGUACCAGCUGGGAUUCAGCGUCCAAAACGGAGUGAUCUGCAGUCUUUUGCGAGGUGGCAUUGCGGAAAGGGGUGGGGUUCGUGUGGGUCAUCGCAUCAUCGAGAUAAACAACCAGAGCGUGGUGGCUGUGCCCCACGAGAAGAUCGUAAACUUGCUGGCCACUUCAGUGGGAGAGAUACUCAUGAAAACGAUGCCCACGUCCAUGUUCCGCCUGCUCACUGGCCAGGAAAAUCCCAUAUAUAUUUAAGCCUGCGGGAGAGUAAUAAAUGGCGAUUAUUGUUAACUAUAAAAAAAACACAACCUUACAAGGGUAUUACGAUAUUUAGUAUAUAUACCUAUACAUAUAGAGAAAGAAAGUGGAAGAAAGAGUAAAUAUAUGUAUGUAUAUGCGUGUGUACCUAUAUAUAUAUGCUAAACAUAUACUACACACAGGUGUAUCGAUUUUUUUUGUGAGUAAUACUAGACAAAGUUCGAUCGGAGGCAAGUUAAGAUCAGCUACUACGACAAAUAAGAGGAAGCGAUAACUAACACACACACAAACACAUAGCACGCCUUUUUGCAAAGCUUAGUAAUAAUAGUUAAUAAUGUGUGUGAGUUUGGGCCAUCGGCCAGGACAUACAUAUAUACAUACAUAAAUAUAUAUGAACAGAAUGACCUUUUUGCGAAAACGUCCUUAGCUUAGUUGAACCGCGACAUUAGUCAGAGAGUACAGCAGCUAUAGUAACAGAACCCCCAUAUAUGCUUACCCAUACUUAUUGUAAAAAACCAAAAAAAAAAAAAAAGAAAUCCACAAAAACCAUGGCAACUCAAACAAACCCAAACAAGAUUUGAAUUCAGAUACGAGACAGGCAGCUCUUUUGAUAUUGCAUAUAUAAUCCACACACUAUAUAGCACCAUCCCGAAUAUAUUUAUAUAAACAAACAAAAAAGACAGAGGGGGGGGAUGUGGAAAAGCCUAGGACAGAUGGGAAAUGGUUAGAGAAAUGGAAAUGAAAAUGGAUAUUGUAACUGCAGCGUUUCGUUUUCUACUCGCACCCAUAGCCGAGAAUUUUGAUAGUUAUUAAACGGAUAUAGCCAGAUCGUAAUGUAUGCCAUGUGUAAAUUAAGGAGCGCUUUACACCCCCACAAAUACGAACAUAUACCCCCCAUAGAGGAUUUAGUUUAGCAAACACUUACACUCACACUCACUUAGACGCUUCGAUUUCAACCAUCUUCGUCCAAAAAUUGUGCUACUACUCGUUAAACAAGUUGAUAGAUAUAAAAGGGAAUAAAAAAAAGGAUAACAGCAGGAGUAGGGAGAUUGACAUAGAGACCCCCGUUAUAAGCCAUAAGAAAUAGAAAGAGACGGAUUAGCUUAAAAUAACGUAUAUCUGGGUUCGCAUUUUAGAGCUACUCGAACGGAAAGAGACGGCAACAGGAACAGAGAUAGAGACAGCUAUAGAGACAAGCAGACAGCUAGACAGAAUGGGAAAAUUGCAUUUCUUUGUGUGUAUAUGUAUGUGUAAAAUACUCGCUAUUUGGCCCCCCAAUCGCAAUCCAAGCAACCGGCAGCAGCAGUCACUAAAAGAACUAUUAUUAACUAUGAUUUAAUUAUAUAACGGCACCGGGGCAUUUGCUUGAUGUUUGUGAAUUGAAUGACUAUUUGGCCUCUUUUCCGCUGCUUGGCAAGGGCCACGCCCACGCCCAAAAAAAAAACAUAAACAAAAUUAUUAUACAAAAAAAACACAUAAAAAAUGCUUCAGCAAACCAAAGAGAUGAAGGGAAACCAAAACAAAUGCAUACAACAACUAAUAUUUAAUAAAUUGUUUUUUUUUUGGUGUACAUUAUUUAUAUGGAAUGUGAAACCGCAUUACAAAUUUAAUGAAUAUAUUUAAUAUUUAUUAAAAACGGGCUAAUUGCAUAGAAAUUAUAUAAGAUCGAUCAUAGCGAUGAUUAUUUGUAAAGGCGAACUAAACCAAAAAAAAAAAAAAACAACCGAAAACAAAAUGGAUAAAUAAAAAAAUAUAUAAUCACAUGCGUAACAAAAGUAUAAAACC